CACACCCUCAACGACAGCCGAUUGCGACAGAAGGCACCACACAGGUACGUCCACGCUACGCUGAGCCCCCUAGGCAGACACCCGACUCUUCGAUGCGAGGAACCGCCGCGCGAGUUUUUCCACGUCCGACGUUAUGCGACCUGGAGGGGCUUCACGAAGUCGAUGUCCUGCCCGACUUCGGGUGUUCCUCCUACACGUCGCUGCGGGCAAAGGAAUCAAAUUCGGCGGCGGUACCUCCCUCGCCACGGUUCAUGCCGAGUUGGCAGUCCUGAGAGAACAUACGCUAAUGAGUGGCAGCAGUCUUCUGACCGAACGCAAUCAUGGGUAUCUCCCGCGACUCCCGUCACAAACGCUCCGCCUCCGGCGCGAAGCGAGCAUACUACCGCAAGAAGAGGGCUUUCGAGAAGGGUCGCCAGCCUGCCAAUACCCGUAUUGGUGCUAAGCGUAUCCAUCUUGUCCGCACUCGCGGCGGCAACCGCAAAUUCCGCGCCCUUCGUCUCGACUCUGGCAACUUCUCAUGGGGAUCUGAGGGCGUCGCCAAGAAGACUCGCGUGAUCGGUGUCGUCUACCACCCGUCCAACAACGAACUCGUCCGCACCAACACCCUCACCAAGUCGGCCGUCGUCCAGAUCGAUGCUGCUCCUUUCCGGCAGUGGUUCGAGGCUCACUACGGUGUGUCGGUCGGCCGCAGGAAGCAGACUAAGGCGGGCGAAGAGGAGGAAAAGAAGAAGUCCAAGAGCAUCGAGAAGAAGCAGGCUGAGCGCCUCAAGGCCUCAGGAAAGAUCGAGAAUGCGCUUGAGAGGCAGUUCGACACUGGUCGUCUGUUCGCCGUGGUCUCGUCCAGGCCGGGCCAGAGCGGUCGCUGCGACGGAUACAUCCUCGAGGGUGAGGAGCUCGCCUUCUACCAGCGUCUCCUCAGGAAGUAAGGGAUGGUCUCGGGUAGUUCUUCGGUGCAUCGGUCCGGUCAAAACGGGUGUUUAUUCACAUAUCUGGUCUUCAAUAGUGCUCCGAAUGGAUAUGGCAUAGUCAUGCCGUUUCUAGAUACCACGAGGCUAUGAAUCGUUGGUUGACUUUUCGGACGUCGUCCAUGUAAAUUGACCAUGUCGUGAUUUUAGCCCUAUUUCACUGAUCUGAUUUAC